CGGCAAUGGCAGAAAGCAAUGAGAAUUUAAAGAUCUAGGCGUGAAAUGCACUCUAUCUUAUACAUUUCAGCCGUUUUCCUCUUAACUAUGUCGUAAAAACACCACGUUUCGCAGUCUUGUGUGGUUCUCUAAGGCAGGAACAAGCUCUUCGACAUAUCUUUGGCUAUUUGGAACUCUAAGAACGAGUUUCUCGCAAUUAGUUACUUGGUGCUAGUUAGCAUUGAGUGCCAAGAUAAAAGAGAUUUUGUGGUCAUAUUUUUCUUCACUACGCCGUGCUAAAAUUCUGACUGAAGUUUACUUGAUAACUCGUGGGAAUUUAUAGUAAUGGCAGCCGGAUGUUUCUGAUUACACGAAACUCUAAUUUACCCAGCCUAAACCAACAAAAAUGAAUUACUCUAUAUUAUAACCCGUUAUGUGUAGACCGUCUAGUCCGAGGGUUAAGGUUUAAUUGCGAGGAUGUCUUCCCUCUCUGCGGUUGUGUUCCUAGUACUCUGGCUUCACAUGGCAUUCCUUGCGGAUGCAUGUCCGCCGAGACCUCCGCCCAUCUGCAGGUGGACCACAUGCUACAAUGUCUGGAAUGGCUGGUAUCCUUCUGGUAUAUCUCCAGGGAGAUGUGUCUGGCAAUACAGAACCACAAGGACAAUAACGUACCAUCACUCUCGUAGGGGAGGAUGCCCAAGUUCGCAAAGAUGCUACAGCAAUCAUCAGCGACGGGUUAUGUGUUCCUGUCGUUAUGCCUACCACUGCCCAUUACGUCAUUGGUCUGGAUGGGGAGGGGUCUCUCAGGGCACAUGCAGACGACAGAGCCGAUAUAGAGAUUACAAUGAACACGUCAGCUAUAUACAUAGAGCACACAGUUGUAGCGGGGUCCGGAGGUACUGCGGCUCAAGACAGUAUCAACACAGGCAAUGGUGCUCGUGCCGUCAUGCGUACAGUUGCCCGCUGCAGCAGUGGUCUGGUUGGUCAGGUACCAUCCCUCAGGGACACUGUAAUGGUCAGACAAGAUACCGUUAUUAUCGCGAACAUGUCAGGUAUAUUCAACAGUCCAAUUGCCAUGGAGUUAGUCAGACGUGUGGCAGCGGACACCACGAGAACAGAAGAUACUGUUCGUGUCGUUACGCGCAUUGCUCCCUGGGUGGGUGGAGCUCAUGGAGUGACACACCAUCAUCCGUCAAUCAACACCACUGCGCAUCUCAAAAGCGUUCCCGCCGUUACUCGCUGACGUGGAAAUAUGACAUGAGGUUGAACAACUGCCAGGGGGUGGUCCCGCAGUCCUGCCCUUCGACCCAACACGAGACUCGAGAGAAAAUCGUCAAGUGUCUUCCUCUGGCUCUUCCUCAAAAUGGGGCCUGGGACCGAGACGAAUGCAGUAAGAUAGCGCAAGUCUGUAAGGCCACGUGUAUGAUCACGUGUGACGAGGCCAACGGGUUCAAAGCCGAGGGCGCUACCAUACGAAGCUGCGGUGCUACUGGACAGUGGUCGACACCUUGGAACACUUAUUGCAAAGAUAUUCUCCCACCAUCACUUAAAUGCCCUGAUAGUAUCGUCAGCAAAACCGACCCUGGUAAACCGACCGCAAGAAUCACUAUCCCCUCUCCUGAGGCGGUCGAUAAUAGCGGAGAUGCGCCUGUGAUUACUCACGAUGUUGGAGUUGCUGUAAAGGAUUUCCCGAUCAGCGGCAAGCCCCAUGUUGUCAGGUACACUGCCAGAGACAAGGCGGGAAACGCGGCCGUGUGCUCUCUCUACAUUACGGUGAAAGACAAGGAACGACCUAAAGUCACCUUCUGCCCGGAUGACAUCCACAUCGAGACAAACAAAAACAGUGAGCGGGUCACGUGGUUGUACCCGACAUUUGUUGACAACAGCCUGCCGCCGGACCAGCCCAUAAGGGUCACCAGUAAUAGGAACCCUGGGGUGCGGUUCCACUGGGGCAAAUAUCAGGUCAAGUAUACGGCGUUUGACCAGGCCAACAAUAACGCCACGUGCGAGUUCUACGUACAAGUGAGCCCCGUAAAGUGCCCGCUGUUUGAUCCGCCACAACACGGCACGCGUGCAUGUAACAAAAAGACGCAAGGCGCCAAUGGCAUCUCACACGAGCUCGUGUGUAGCGUGCAGUGCAAGACUGGUUAUGCCUUCGCUGAAUUCACCCCGUCAUCUGUAUACAUGUGCCAAUCAGACGGCAAGUGGUAUAGGAUGAUCCACGGCUUCCCAGUACCUGUAUUUGAUCAGAAGAAAAGACCUUGGCCUGACUGUGCACCAAAGACGGGUGUCACAUCUACCGCAAAGUCCUUCACGUUCUACACCGGCUCCUGCAUCGGCAACCACAGCAUGACACUGGAUCAGAUUCGGCAGAACUUCCUCCAUGCGAUCAGGCAAAGCAUGAUGGCGAACGUGCUGUUGUGUCAGGAGAGCCAAGGAGUCGACUGCGUGGUAGAAAACGUCAAAGUCUACUGUGGAGCACGUUCAAAGCGCAGUGGCAGUGACGAGCCACAGAGAGUGAUAACCUUCGACUUUGUAAUAAACGACAAGAAACCGCAGGGUGACCGCGCAAAAGAAGCCACAAAACUACAGUCGAUGAUGAAGGAGCUCGAUAUGGCAGAAAGCUACAUCAAGACCAGUUUCCCCUCGAACGCGCACAUGCCUACCCUUAAAAUUGAAGCAUCCGGAAGCUCUUUGUUUUGUCCACCGAAAAGCGCCCUUGUGGUUCCUGAAGGAUCUGGGUCUGAAUUACAGAAAGCGAUAUGUGUUGAAUGCCCCGUGGGUACAUUCUACGACGAGGCUACCAGGAACUGCAGCAUAUGUCCCGUGGGCACGUAUCAGGACGAGAUGGGACAGACCAAGUGCAAAGAGUGCCCAUUGGGUACACUUACCAUAGAGGCGGGAGCGCGCAACGCGACAAUGUGUUACGACACUUGUGAGCCCGGCGAGUACCGCCAUAUUGGAAAUGCAGGCGCGGCUACCUGUUUGGCGUGUCCACUAGGGACGUACCAGCCCAAGGCCUUCUCGGCUUCGUGCAUAAAAUGCCCGGAUGUGAGAACCACCGCUCGAGUUGGUUCGACGUCACUGAGUGAUUGCAAGUGAACUGGUGUUGAUCUGACAGUUCCUUUAAAAUAAACGGAUUUAGAAAA